AUGCACAGCAGCAAAAGAGCAAAUGCUCUAAUGUCUAAUCUUUACUCCACGCGCACUUUUAAUCACAAGUACAACAUGUUUAUUAACGGAUUAUUUUUAAUUUUGCUCUUGAUAUACUCCAUUCUUUCUCUUCAUCUCAUAGGACAGUUUCUCUUUCUACUGCACGAGUAUUAUUCACAGCACUCGAUACUCUUACAGUACAACCUGCUCGCACUAACAGCAUUUACUCUGUUUUCAUACUUGGUAAACUACUUGAUAGAAAGAGCAUACAUAAAAAUAGGAGACAAUUCCAAGUUCAAUGAGAUGCUAAAAAACAAAAAGGUAGAAGAUACAAGCCCUCCUCCUAGAGACUCUCUUUAUGAGAUCUACAUUCACAUAAGAAGAAUCUUACUGGGCGAGUUUAGUCUGUUCUUUCUAUUCAUAACUAUACCCUGGAGAUCUGUUCAUCCAACUUCUAUAAUUCUAUCAUGCAUUGGCGUGUCAAUCACCGGAGCUUUAGUAGCACAUUUUUACACGAGUAGAAGCAUGAAAAAUGCGAUAAAAUACUAUCUGGUGGGACAGAUGGAGAAAAUCCUAAAUAUUUGGCUGGCAAAUAGUAGAACACUGGCACUUUCUAGAAUCUCACUGGUGUUUGGCACUGUUUAUCUCUACAUCUCGACGGCUGUUCUUUUCAGCGCUAAAAAUAAUCAGUAUGCUAAUCUUAUUGAUGCAUGCAUCUCAGUGCAUACCAUCUGGUCUCUGCUGAUAUUCAUUGUUCUGAACAUCUACAUGGGCUAUCUGAGCAGUGAAUAUAGAACAAUUCAUUCAGAGAACAAAUCUGUUAGCGUUGGACUGAUGAAAUACAUGGCGGCGAAUAUGUCGAAAAGAAUGCACAAAAUAUGUGGUAUAUCGCUAGUCCAUGGAGUAUUAUCUGUGCUGCACACUGCUAAGAGAAUGUUAAAGAGUAAGAGCAAGAGUGAAGUGUCUGCUAGAGUGCCCAGGCCCAGAGAGAGAUACGAUCAGCUGGAAAUGGAGGUAGUAAACUAUCUUGUCUUUGACAAUUACUACAGCAGAGAUAAAGAAGGAAAAGAUAACUUUAUGAGCAGGUACUGGAUUGUCACCAAGUCCAUGUCCAUUGGAAUGCAGAUAUUUGACUAUUCGUCUAUAUCCAUAUACCCCAUUCUUGUUCUUUUGGUUAAGUCUAUCGAAGUGAACAGAAUGCUUACUUUGUCUGCAUACAAAGAAGUUGCCAUAAAUCUCCUAUGGAUCUUUCUCACAGGAUCUGGUGAAGGCGAAAAAAAAGAGAGCAUUGGAGCGGAUGAAAAAGCAUACAAAAUAUUAGGAGGACACAUCCCAUUGAGGUACUACCUCUUGUGCACACUAAGUGUAUUUAUGCUGUUCGUUGGCGUAAGAUCGUUUGUGUGCAUGUCCUUCAGGAGUAUAUUUAUGCUGAAAGACGGGCACAUCGAAGACAGAGAAAAAACAACAGAAAAAGUAUUUAACGAUGUAGUAAAUGAACUAUACGGCACGCUGUUCUCCAGAGACCCAGACGACAGAAUGGCAGAAGAAGAAACAUCGCAAAAGAUAUACGAUACACAGCUAAUAAACACCCUAGACUCUCUGUAG